GUCUCUGUGCCGCAGGACCCCGCGCUGCAGACGGGAGGAUGGGCCCGGGGCGGCGGUGGGAGCGGCCGAGCGGCCGCGGAUGCGCCCCGAAGGCGGGAACCCGACGAGCCAGCACCCCGCGAAGUGCUGCUGCAGCCCGGGCGUCUGGAGCUGGGCGACGUGGAGGAGGACCAGGUGGUGGCUGUGUUCGUAGUCACCUUCGAUCCCCGCUCGGGAAACAUGGUAGAAUGGUGCUUACCACAAGACAUUGACCUUGAAGGUGUUGAGUUCAAGUCUAUGGCCAGUGGGUCCCAUAAAGUUCAGUCUGAUUUCAUCUAUUUUCGGAAGGGGCCCUUCUUUGGCCUGGCCUGCUUUGCCAAUAUGCCUGUGGAGAGCGAGCUGGAGCGUGGCGCACGGAUGAAGUCUGUGGGUAUCCUCUCUCCAUCCUACACCCUGCUCUACCGCUAUAUGCACUUUCUGGAGAACCAGGUUCGACACCAGCUGGAAAUGCCGGGACAUUACUCUCAUCUGGCUGCAUUCUAUGAAGACAAGAAAGGGGUUCUCCAUGCUGGCCCCGGAAGGGGUGGCAGCUUACCGCCCGUCUACUGGCUGCCUUCCAUCCACCGCUACAUGUACCCUGAGAUGAAGAUCACACACCCGGCUGGCUGCAUGUCUCAGUUUAUUAAGUUCUUUGGAGAACAAAUCCUCAUUCUCUGGAAGUUUGCCUUACUCCGAAAGCGCAUUCUGAUAUUUUCUCCCCCUCCUGUGGGCGUCGUCUGCUACCGAGUGUACUGUUGCUGUUGUCUGGCCAACGUCUCACUGCCUGGCAUUGGGGGCACCAUCCCCGAGUCGAAGCCUUUCUUCUAUGUGAACGUGGCUGACAUUGAGAGCCUGGAAGUCGAGGUGUCCUAUGUAGCCUGCACCACGGAGAAGAUAUUUGAGGAGAAGCGGGAGCUGUACGAUGUCUACGUGGAUAACCAGAAUGUAAAGACACACCAUGACCACCUGCAGCCCCUGCUGAAGAUCAACAGCGCAGACCGGGAGAAGUACCGCCGGCUCAAUGAACAGAGGCAGAUGCUCUUGUACUCCCAGGAAGUUGAGGGAGACUACAACCCUUGUGAAGAAGACCUCUUUGUGCUGUUUUUCCUAGAGCAAAAUAACCGGAUUUUUCAGACUCUAUUGGAGGUGUCCGCCAGUCAAGACAAAACUCUCACAGCCGAGCAUGCCCGAGGCAUGGGACUGGACCCCCAGGGAGACAGGAGCUUUCUCAUGGACCUGCUGGAGGCCUAUGGCAUCGAUGUCAUGUUGGUCAUUGACAACCCCUGUUGUCCCUAAGCAGAGUACCACAGGACUGGUGGUGAGACGCUCAUGUGGGGUGACAAGAGCCUGGAGUGCACCCCAGGCCCUCAGCAGCUUCAGGCUUAAGUUGAUACAAAGGACCAUUGAUACUUUCCAACACAUGUAGUGUUUGCCAUUUCCUUUCUCCCCCUCAGCCCUGGGCUGAGGGGAGGCCACCUGGGUUUUGUAGCUUCUGGUUGGACACGGGAGUCUACUGUCUUCCACUACUGCUUUGGAUUUCGUCUUAGGAGUUCUGCCAGUCAGAGUGAGUCAAACUCUGGGAUGAACAGUUGACAAAAUCAGUACGUCUUCGUCCUUUGCUGCAUACAAGAGUAAGACAAGCACGUGCCCUAGUGUGGCCUUAGCCUAAAACCAGAAACUAAUCAGAAGACCUUUCAGGGUCACCAGGUUCUAGGGGUCAGGUUAGGAUGACCUAUGUGUCAUAGGGCAAGUCUGCACCUUCUAGGUUGACUGGAGUAGGGGCCACAGAGAAGGAAAACAGCGUCUCUGACAGAAUGGCAGGGUAAGUAGAAAGCUAGAAUGAAUCCUUGAGAUCCUUCCUAAAGUAAGGGAAUGACGUCUGAGCAAUAUAUCAACCCUGCCACCCCCUGCAUUUCAGACCCCUUGGGAUGGAUGGGUUGGUGGAUUCUGAAGGUUGGUGCUAGCCCUGGAGCUUACAAGCAAGUUCGUUUCACAUUUGAGUCUCUUUUGUGGGCUGACUAUCUUCUUGGAAUAACAGCUUUAAACAGGCAAGGGAAGAAAUCUCAUGUUUCUCUGAGAGCUCUCUGGAGGGACUGUUUGCAGUCCUGAAGCAGAUACUUCUAGUGAAUUCUGAAAUGUAGCCAGGGUCCGACCUGGUUGGCUCAGAGGUCGGGAUGUGGUGUGAAUAGGUCUUUAACCAGUUUGAAACUCCCACAAACUUAGCUUUAGCAGAGACAGCAUUCCUUAGGCUGAGCAAUUGAAUCCAUAGACUUAAGAGAUUUGACAGGGAAAAUAUAACAGUGCCUCCCCUGCCAAGAAAUCGCAGACUACCAACCAUGCCCACUUCCUUUGGUCUAGGACGGAGCCUGCAGUCAGUCACCUUGUUCUUUGGGGCUGGGUCACUUGUGACUGCUAGGUUACUAGAUGAGACAUUAGAUGAGAGGGCAGUUGUUAACUAUACUCAGAAAGCCAGUUCCAACGCUAGUCCCUUAAAGAUUUUGUAUUUUCAGUAAUGAUUUCUCCUCCUAUGCUCGUUAUAUGUGAACAGCUAGCUAGCCAUCAAACAUCCAUGUCUGUAGCCCAAGAGCAGCCAGGCUGACGUCCACAGCAGAGAGAACUUCGGAUGGAAGGGCUGUGUCUCUUAUCUCAAUUCUAGGUUCUAGAGGCUCACUGCUUAACUCAAGUAUUUUCACUGUAGUUCCCUGAUAAAAAAUUCAAGAGUGAAGGGAUUUGCGAGUGCAGAUGCAAAUACACACUGAUGAGUCAGGGUAACAUCUUUUCUGUAAAUAUAUAAGUAAGUUUAGGCAUUGACAUAAACUGUUUAGCUAAUAGAUUUUUUUCCUCUGCAAUGUGGGUUUAGCCAUCAUUUCAGUAACAUGUUUACAAAACACAGCUGUGCUCAGUGGCUGGAGUUUUCCCUGCUUUUUCCUUAUGGCUGUCUUCUCCUCUUGCCCCGGGCUGACUGAACAGGGUCUAUCUGAUGCUGAUGAAACAACACUUCUUCUAAUGAUCUCUAAGAGCUCCAAGUUGGGGGUAGAUAGAUAGCCAGAGACAGGAAGAGCCCAUUCUGAGAACCUCCCCAGGGCCUUCCACUUGCCAGCACUGUUUCCUGUGCCGAUGUAAAGAUAGCAAGGAUGAGAAAGGUUGGCUUUUGUUAAGUUGGGCCUUGUGGGCCCUUUUUAACUAAGCUGCUGUUUUCCUGGUCUCUUUGUGCCCCGCCCACCCAUGUAGAGGGCCAGUGUAUGGGUGGCCCCAGAGGGAAUACAACCCAGAGACGAUGUCAUGUCUUAGGUGUGGGGUUAGCUGACCCCAGAGCAGAACUUCUGGUUCAACUUCUCCUUCAGUCCUUUCCUACUUUGCCAGUAUCCUCCUGGGGCCCGAGCCUGGCGCAGGCCUCCGUGUGGCCGAACAGCACGUAUGUUAGCACCUCUGCAGCCUUGGCCUCCACUGAUCAGCUUCGGGGUAUGUUUUAGAAAGGAAGCCCUGCCUGUGUCCCUGUGAAGUCUGACUUCAUACCAGACUGCUCCCCCAGUGGCAGUGAGCAGAUUCAAGCCUGCCUCCUGCGCUGCAAGUCCCCUCUAAAGGGAAGGAGUGUGUAGACUCUAGAGGAAGCCCUCUACAGUGACGGCAGAAGCUAGGAGCUAGGAUUGGCUUUUUCUCACUCUUUUGAAAUACUUUCUGAAAAACCAUCUGGUUUCAUUUGGAAGAAGUUAGUUCACAUCCUUAACAACUUCCUAGGUCUGACCGUCAGCAGAGUCAGGCAUAUUUUAUUACCACUGGCCUCUAGGGAACAGGGUUAAAACUCAGAUGUGGGUCCUGCCACUCUGCUGGUGGCCCUCAUCGGAUCCCUGCCUAAGCUGGCAGAGCCCUUCUGGGGAGCACUAAACCCUAUCUGUACCAUGCUGUGAACCAUGUGCCAACCCGGAAGCACUUGCUGACUUACAUUGCUGGCUACUCAGUCAUUUUUAAGUUAGAAGACACUCCAAAUGACAACAAUCCUCAGGGGGCCCGAAACUGGGGUUUUGGAUUUGUGGACAUUUAUAUAUAUAUAUAAGAUACUAAGCAUAACAAAGGCCUCUUAAAGUGGAUGUUUUCAAUUUUGUUAGCAGAUGGUAGAUAAUACUUAGGACUCUUUCUCCAGAAGGAAUAAAAAAAAAAAAAAAUAGCAGAGCUUAUCUCCUACCGGUCUUCAAAGGAAGGGCAAGUCAUUGCUUGGUAUUAGCUUUGGCUUUAAACAUGAAGCCUUCCCUGUGCUGGGCACGCAUCCAGGCCAAUGUCAGUGUCCUACCUGGGACCCAUAUGGUCCCGCCAGUUAGGAGUACAAUGUGACAGGAGGCAUUUGCCUCCCACACCUCCCACCCACCCAGGCUAUGGGAGAGAAGCUGUUUUCAUUGCUGUGACAGAAGUUAGGAUAGGAACUUAAAACUGUACCUUACCUUGCUGGGAAGCACAGGAAAACCACAGGAAAGGUAAGAGUGACACUCAGAUACAGUAAUGCCAAUGCUUCAUGGGAAAGUUCACUUACGUAAUUAUCGAACAUAUUUUAGCUAGAAGAUAAAGGUAAAUUAAGUCAUAGCUAAUUGCUGUCUUCCUUCUGGGAGUAAGGGGGAUGAACUUGCUCUAUCUAGAGGUGCUGAAAGCCUACCGGUGUAGUGAGAAGGUAAAAAUGAACUCGGCCUUCCACAGGGACUUUCAGGAGACUUUUAAAGGGUGGUAGCCGAUUAGCCUUCUGGUGACAAACACUAUCCUCUUAGAGAUGCAGGAACUCAGGAACUGUCUUUCUCUUAAACUGCACAGAGGGAGUGGACUGAGGGGCCCUCUCCAGGUCCAGUGUGAUGGUCCUUGCAGUGGUAAGGAAGGGAUUCAGGGUGUGAAUGAGUAGAACUAUAGGGUGAUGCUGAGUUUCACGGUGAACUCGCCUUACCGUGAGAAGAGUUUGAAAACGAACAAGAACAUCUGUAGGAAGAUCACCAGGCUCUCCAGGGGCUGCUACCUUCCCGUUAGACCUCCAGGCUAGUAGGCUGUGAUUCUGAGAGCUGUCCAGCCUUCUCCUCUCUCCCCCACAGCUAAUAGUUCCACCCAUUGGUGAGGACCCUUAAGGCCCAUGGGCUUACCUCAGCAGGCCCAGUCUCAUCCCUUCUCAUGAAAAUCCUUUUCUGAUUCGGGUAGGGGCAGGGAAGGAGCUAAGGACUCCUUUAUACCCAAGUCAUGGGUUUGACUAGUCUACUUGAUUGCUAAUAUACCUCUGUUCCCAGGAGCUACUGGAGUACUGAGUGUUGUAGGGAAAAUACUGUGAAUUGAGGUAAUGUUUUUCCUAUGAGGAACGGAAGUUUAUUUUUAUAAUGUUACUGAGUGGUGAAUUGAGUACUAAAGUGUUGAAAUGGAAAGGAAUUGCAAAGUUAUAAUCUAAGAAAGAAUGGGCAGCUUUAUAAUCGGAUAGCAGCUGAGGCCCUUAGAGGUGUCCCUGUCCAUGACAGUGUAUUGAAGCCCGAGCACAGACUCGGAUGUAUUUUUUCAGCAGCACUGGUUGGCCUGGGAAGGAUGAGAUGGGCACCAACCUUGGGGGACGCUUCAGGACAGAGGUAGUAAAGGCCGUCUUUCAGUGACUGCUCCCUCCUGGUCAAGGGAGAGGGUGGGAAUGGGAAGUGGCUUUCUGCCUGGCACUUUAAUUCAUUGUCGCGGCUGGAAGUUGGGAGAUGUUGUAAAUUUAGAAAAGGAGUAGGAAUUUUCUGGUGCUAUAGAAAAAUGAAGAUGGGAGAAAAAAAACUCUGCUUUCGUCUUUUUAGAACUUAGUCUAGAAUUUCAACAUGGCCCCGGCUCUUAGAACCAUGUUGACUUGGUUUCUGAAAGGUUUACAGCAGAGGUUUCUUUACAUUUGCAGCAGGUGCCUGCCCAGUCUAACAGUGAGUUUACUUUGCUUCCUAAUAAUGCUGGGACUUAUGGGGAUAGAAUUUUAUAAACUGUGCCCACACAGAUGGAAUUUCAAAGUGAAAAGCCCAUACAGAGAAAAUAUAUUUAAUUGACAUUGUAUCUGGGUAAAUUAAGCAAAGAUAUAUAAAAGUUAGGAAAACGAACUUUGUGUUUGUUGUGCCCACAUCAGCCAUCAGAAAUGGGGGAUUCUGGGCCCCUGAACUGCCAGCGUGAGUGGCUUCUGGGACUUGGGAUGGAGGUAAACAAAAACAACUUCCUUGAUUUGUCCAAAACUUGCUGGCUAAAUUUUUGUGUAAGUCUGGAAUAUAAUCCUUUCCUGAAAAUGAAAUAGUUGUAACCAAGGAAAUCUGUUUUCCUAGUUGUUUUUUUUUUCUUUUCUUUUUAAAACAUAAGUGUCCCUGUUGCCUUAAAUGUAAAAACCUAUUUUGAGUAAUAACCCCAGCCUAAGAGUUAUAGCAAUAAGAGACCCUAAUCUAUUUUUGUUUCAAGUCUUUACCUCAUAUGACAAAGUCCGAAGGAUAACUGGUAAGUUUUGCUCUGGGUACUACUGCAGAGCGAUGUAUCCUCUCUCUGUCUCCAGUUGGGUAUUUACAGACCUGAAGAAAGCUGGACCUAACCCUGAGGCUAAGUGGAAAUGUUUCUUGAAUUGAUUCUUUCUGUGGUACAAGUGACACCUGUGUGUAUCAUAUCUGUAUAUAUCUGAACCAAGUUAUGUGCAGAGGUUGAUAAUAACUAUAUUUACAAAGAAGCCCCAAUUUUUACAAUUAAAGUUCACAUUUUAACAUGA